AUGUAUGCUGACCGAAUAGUGGAGCUCAAGAUAGACGGGACUGUGUUGCCAAGGCUGGCUGUUCAUAAUUCGACGUAUAUGACAAGCUUUCUUGGAAUUAAGUCAUCAGUACAUCGUCAAAAGCUGAGGCUGAACGCGCUGGACGUAGUUUUAUUUGGCCAUCGUGAUCCUUCGACCAAGGGCAAAGACAUUGCUCUUGCACUAUUGUUACUUCUUCUCACAUCGGUUCUGAUUCUUUACGUCAAACAACGAAGACGAGCCCGCCUACAGGUCACUGAGCUGUCACAGAAACUCAAAGAAUUGAAAUCCAUGGAGAACGCAUUUGACCACGAGCAGCAGAAGUGGAAUGAAGAGCGGAGUAGAAGAUCAACGACCGAUGGAAGUGUGAGUCAAGUGGAAGUGGAUAACCUGCGGGUUCAAUUAGAAGCGGCUGAACGCAGGUGUGUGAAGGAGAUGCGAGAAGCGAUUGAAUUAGUAGACCGUCUUCAGAAGAAGACGUCCAGUGUUCUGUCGUCGCUUAAACUAGCAACCGGAGCAUCGUCUUCUAGCGACCAAGUUGACAGUAAAAUCUUUGCUUUGAAGUCUCGUAUGGACAAAAUCCAUGUGCUCACACGUGAAUCUCAAGAAAGAUGGUUGCAAAUCGAGUCCCUCUGCGGUUUUUCCGUUUUCUAUGCCGGUGAGGCGAUGCCAGUCAUGCAACAUUCCGGAUCAUCGUCUCAUUUCUACAGCCACAACUCAGCAUCGUCAUCAAUCUCCUCUAAAUCAGCUGGUGGCGGAUCUACGGUUCACUCCAGCAAUCAAACGCUCAGUACAAACGCCACUACACCGCAGGUUAUAACCCCACAACCGAACCCGGUAUUUCAAGCCGGGCCUUCUUCUGACGGUUCUCUGCACAGUGUGCCCUCCAGUGGUGCCGUUAACCCAACAUCAAAUGGCAUAGCAGGUGGGCUGGCUUGGCCCCAACGAACGUGA